AUGUUCGGUACCUGGAAGUAUGGUAGAGGUCAAGGACAGGUCGAAAACCUGAAAACUUCCCACGAUUAUGAGACAGCACGCUCUAAUCAGCAUCAAGCUUGUAACAGAUGCCACGUCAAGAAGAACAGAAAGUCUGACCCUCACUCUGCAGGCAGUUCACGAAGUGGUCGUGAUGGCAGUGGGAGCCCAAAAGGCUCUCACAAAUCCCAUUCAUCCAAAUCCAGGGAUAGGCGAGUUGCUCCCCUGUCUGGCAUCUCUCGAGAUUCAGCAGCAGCUGGAGGAAACGUGUAUCAGGGGGGCUCGGUCCCCGCUGGUCAUGGAAUGACUACGUUUGACGGCUACCCAUUUAUGUCCUCGAUAAUGGAAGCACAGACUUCUGGGUAUCCUGCAACUGCCCCAAUUGGAGAUUUCGCGGCUGUUGGCGACUACACACGAGGUACAUGGAUGCUGGAUGGCAGCACAAGCACCGCUGGCAUUGUUUCUUCGUUUAUCGCAACCUCGGAGGCAAUGUACACAGAUGAUGCCCACGCAUUCUCAAACUACUCCCAUCAUACCAGCUUCGAUAUGUACCAACACAUGGGUCCAAAUGAGGACCCCCGAUUUUGGCCUCAAAACCAGGAUCAGCAUUGA